CACUCUCACCACAAACCCUUAAUUACAUUUCAUCUUCAUCCCUCCACAUCACUCCUAAACUCUUAAUCAUAAACCUUCCCUCUAUCUCUCCUAAUAACCAAAACACACCCAAAAAAAAAAAAAAAAAAAAAGGCUCACACAAAAACAUUGUUAAAAUGGCUUCAAUGAACUCUAGUGUACUAGCAUGCAGCUAUGCCAUCUCUGGGGCUGGGGGCUUAGAGCUUAGCUCGAAGGCGUCUUCGGUGUGUUGUGUGGCACCAUCAUCUUUGAAUGGCAGUGACAAACUGCCUGUGAUCAAGGCACAAGCUCAAAAGGAAGAAAAGGCCAUUGAAGGAAGAAGAGCCGCUGUUUUCGGCUUGGCUGCUGCUCUUGUUGCCACUUCCUUCUCUUCCAAUGCUAAUGCUGGAGUCAUUGAAGAGUACCUUGAGAAGAGCAAAGCUAACAAGGAAUUGAAUGACAAAAAGAGGUUGGCAACAAGUGGAGCCAACUUUGCAAGAGCAUACACAGUACAAUUUGGAACCUGCAAUUUCCCACAAAACUUUACAGGCUGCCAAGAUCUUGCCAAGCAAAAGAAAGUACCCUUCAUUUCUGAGGAUUUGGAGUUGGAAUGUGAAGGCAAGGACAAAUUCAAGUGCGGUUCUAAUGUAUUCUGGAAGUGGUGAAAUGUAUAAAAACCCUCAAAUUCAUUUUCCCAUCUUGUUGAACGUUCUAGUUUCAAUCUCAUGUAUCAUGUACUUAUUGUAAAACCGAAAAAGACGAGGGGUUAAGUAUUGAUUAGAGCAAAUUAGUCCAUUGCGCGUUUUUGUGAACUGUAACUAUUUCUUGUU